AUGGCCCCCCGAAUACUAUCACACAGCGACUACACGGUGGCAUGGAUCUGCGCUUUGCCGCUGGAAACGGCAGCGGCGAAAGUCAUGUUAGAUGAGGUUCAUGCUUCUCUGUCCCAACCAAAAACCGAUCACAAUGUCUACACCCUCGGAAAUGUCGGCGGCCACAAUGUGGUGGUGGCCUGCUUACCAAUUGGUGUAUACGGAACGGUAUCUGCUUCGACUGUGGUGUCACACAUGGUUUCUACGUACCCAAACAUCCAAUUUGGAUUGAUGGUCGGCAUUGGAGGCGGAGUGCCCAGCAAAAGUGCUGAUAUUCGCCUUGGUGAUGUUGUGGUUAGCAAGCCAACUGCUACCUCUGGUGGCGUUAUCCAGUAUGACUACGGCAAAACACUCAGGGGAGGACAUUUUCAGCGCACUGGAUCCCUCAACAAACCUCCUCCAAUCUUGUUGAAGGGGGUGGCUCAGUUGGAGAGCGACCAUAUGACUGGAAAGAACCUAGUCAGCAGAAUCAUAGGUGAUGCACUGCAGAAAGAAGAAAUUAGAAGGAAGUUCUCCCGACCAGAAUGCGACUGGCUGUUCCAACCGACAUACGACCAUGAGGGGAAGGAAGCAAACUGUUCGGCAUGUGAUCAGGAACAGCUAGUAGCUCGGCCUCCACGAACAACUGCUGAGCCUUAUAUUCAUUAUGGCUUGAUCGCUUCUGGAGAUCAGGUCAUAAAAGAUGCGGGGACUCGAGAUUUCAUUGCCCGAAAGGAAGACAUUCUCUGCUUUGAAAUGGAAGCUGCCGGUCUCAUGGAUGAACUUCCAUCCCUUGUCAUUCGAGGCAUCUGCGACUACUGUGAUUCCCACAAAAAUAAACAGUGGCAAGAAUAUGCAGCCCUUGCGGCAGCCGCCUACGCGAAGGCCCUCCUGUCACAGGUGCCCACUUCCUACCCCGGGAACGAGUUAGGUGCAUCAAAGAAACCAGUUUGGAUGGUUCCCUUUAGAAAAAACUCGCGAUUCGUGGGCCGGGAAGAAGAAAUCGGCAAAAUUGAAGGAUUGAUCAUGCAACAGGACAGUCCUGGCAGAAUCGCUAUCUGCGGACUAGGCGGAGUUGGAAAGACCCAAAUCGCUUUGGAGUUGGCAUACCGCAUGCGAAAUCGAGACCCUGAAUGCUCGGUUUUGUGGAUUUCAUGUACCAGCUACGAGAGCGUGGAACAGGCCUAUAUGAGCAUCGCAUUAAAGCUUGGAAUCACAGACCCAAAGCCGGCAGAGGUCAAACAACAGGUCAAGGUUUAUCUUAGCCAGGGAAGCACAGCGAGAUGGCUCCUCAUUUUUGAUAACGCAGAUGAUAUGGAGAUGUGGAAAAUGGCAGAUUUUCUGCCUGAGAGCGAGCGAGGCCACAUUCUCUUCACCACCCGAACCCGGCAGGUAGCCGUGAGACUGGCGUCGUCUCAUGUGAUAAUGAUCUCUGAACCGGACGCAGAGACAGCUGUUGAAAUCUUACGCAGGUCGCUGAUUACGAGAGACUUGCUCAAUGAUCGUGAGGCAGCCAUUGCUCUCCUUAAAGAGCUUGCUUGCCUUCCCCUGGCAAUCGCCCAGGCGGCAGCCUAUAUUAAUGAAAACGAUAUCAGGCUUUCUGCAUACACAACACUCUUACAUGAGAGUGAGCCGGACGUGAUUGAGUUGCUGAGUGAAGACUUUGGGGACGAAGGGCGGUACAAAGAUAUCCAAAAUCCUGUUGCAACAACUUGGUGGAUUUCAUUCCAACAGAUUCAGCAACUUAAUCCAACAGCAAUCGACUAUCUAUUAUUCAUGGCCUGUAUCAACCAUCGCCAUAUUCCGCAGUCUUUGCUCCCCCAGACGACAUCGUCAAAGAAAAGGACUGAUGCCAUAGGUCUUCUUAAGGCCUUUUCAUUUGUGAAUGAGGAGGGCAAAGCCUGUUCUCUGAAUAUUCACCGACUCGUCCAUCUUGCGACCCGGAACUGGAUGAGGAAGAACCAGCUGUUCAGCCAGCAAAUCCUAAAAACAGCCGAUCGACUAAGCGAAGCCUUUCCAAACAAUUACCAUACCAAUCGGGAGCUGUGGCGCGAAUACCUACCCCAUGUUCUUUCCUUGACUGAAGAAGCUGACUUUCAAAAGGAGGAGGAGAGAUAUGUUGAUAUGAUUGAUAAGAUUGGCGAUUGCCUUCACAGUGAUGGAAGAUCUAAGGAAGCAGAAGAUCAGUUUUUACAGGUACUAAAGAUCCGGAAACAGGUGCUCGGGCCAGAGCAUCCUAAGACACUGACUAGCAUGGCUGACAUGGUAUCAACAUACUUGAGUCAGGGACGAUGGACGGAAGCAGAGAAGCUAGCUGUGGAAGUGUUAAGUAUCCGGGAACGCGUGCUGGGGUCAGAGCAUCCUGACACUCUGGGCAGCAUGUCUGACUUAGCAGCAACAUACUUGCAUCAGGGACGAUGGAAGGAUGCAGAGAAACUGCAGGAACAAGUAAUGGAGAUAUGCAAACAGGUACUGGGGCUAGAGGAUCCGCGCACUCUGACCAGCAUGGUCAACUUAGCGUCAUCAUACCAGAUCCAGGGACGAUGGAAGGAAGCAGAGGUUCUAAAGCUGCAGGUGGUGGAGAGACGCAAACAGGCACUGGGACCAGAGCACCCAGAAACUCUGAACAGUAUGAGCCACCUAGCAACGACAUAUUUGUGUCAGAGACGAUGGAAGGAAGCAGAGGAGCUAAACGUGGAAGUGACGAGGAUCCAGAAACAAGUGCUAGGGCCAGAGCACCCAGACACUCUGUUUAGCAUGGGCAACUUGGCAUCCAUAUGCUGGAAGCAGGGACGAUGGAAGGAAGCAGAGGUGCUAGAGAUGCAGGUGAUGGAGAGACGCAAACAGGUCCUGGGGCCAGAGCAUCCAGACACUCUGUUUAGCAUGGCCAACUUGGCUUCCUUCUGGAAAUCCCAAGGCAAGACUCAAGCCGCAUCGGCUCUUCUAAAACAAUGUCUUGCGCUCCAGAUGAAAGUCCUGGGACCAGACCAUCCAGAUACCUUGUCUGCCUCUCGCCUUUUCGGGAAGUGGACAAAAGAGGACCGGCCUUGUUGA